AUGAAUAUGUUGGAUGAUGAAGAUGACCAAAGCUUUCACGCUACGCGUGACGGCUACUCCCAUUUGAGCGAUGUCGAAUGGGAUGCGGUUGAACGAAUGGGUUCAACCAUGGGCAUCCAUGCUGUUAGCGUCAUGCUAGAGGCUCUCAAUAGAGAUGCCCAACAUGCUACUAUCGCCAAGUUCAUUCAAAAUGAACUUGACGCAGAACGCGAGAAAGUAGCCUUGCUUCACCAACAAGGUUCUCAACAAGCAGAGUUGUUGAGAGAACAGGGUGCUCAACAGUUUGAACUGUUGAGACAGCAGCAGGCUGCUGCUGGUGGGUUGAUGCACUCGCGUCGACCCGAGACCUUGAAGAUUGACAUCUCCAAGGCGCGUCGCAUCGACGACGGGGAUAUGCAAGUUGCAUUUGCCCAGUCAAAUCUGGCAGGACGUGCCAAGACUUGGGCACUGGGGCUCAAGUUGCACGACCCAUAUGCGUUUGGGUCGUUGGAAGUCUUCAAGUCGCGGCUCAGACAAACGUUUGAACCGCCUAGAGCUGAGUUCAGAGCUCGAACCGAACUCUUGAAGCUCAAGCAGGGUAAGCGUGAUGUGCACGCUUACGCGCAACAUAUACGACAUCUCACGAGUUGUAUAAGUUCCAAUCCGGUGGAUGAACACACGUUGGUUUCGGUGUUCAUGCAGGGUCUUGCGGAUGGUCCCGUCAAGACUCACCUGUUCCGGCUUGAACUAGAUUCACUAGAACAAGCCAUUUCCAUUGCGGAGCAGGAAGACUUCAGUCUGAGACAGGCUCGCGCCAGCUCGACAUCAUAUCGUCAACCGAGACGAUAUGACAACGGAGGUCCAGAGCCGAUGGAACUCUGUUAUGUAGAGAGCGAGAAGGCUCGCUCUACAGGCUACAAGAAGUUGCAGAGAUGCAACAGAUGUCAAAAGACAGGACACUACGCUUACGAGUGUAGUGCCCCUCGUCCAGUGUCUCGCGACACUGGGCGUAGUGACCGUCCACCCAUGAGAAAGGGGCAGGGACGAGGGUCCGCUGUUGGUGCAAAGACGCAACAACGGGAUGGACCGUCAAAAAACGGACAGGAUCAGUAG